ACUCAAGGGAUUGAAGUGCUUAUAGUUCAUUCGUUCUCUCAUUUUCAUGGUCGUGGCUUUGUUUCUGGUUCAAUCAAAUUAUGGAAGAAACGGAAGACUCCAAAUCUAGCAAGACCUGCACUUCUGAGCCUUGGAGUUGCAGAGGGAGGACUCAACCUCACCACCGUCGGCAUCAACUUCCCCUGCUUCCUCAUUCCUUUCACAACGUGUUUGGAUACCAUGACCGUUACCAAAACUCUCCAGCCCUUCUUCCUUUACCUCCUCUCAUACCUCUGCAACUACCUGCAAUUUCACCGCCAACCCAAACCCAGAAGUUUAGAUCAAGAACCCAUAUGCCAAAAAAUGCAUGGAAGCAGAAAGAACCUAUCUGCACCAGCUCCUCCGAUACCCAGGUCUCAGCUGCUACUGUUUCACAAGCAGAGCAAGAAGGGCUUCAACAGAAACAAAGCACGCCAACCAGAGGAGAAGAUAAAAGGGGAGAAACUGCUGCUACUCAGGAGGCGCUGGUAGCACCGAAAAGACCAGAUUCUGGUGGGCUAGAAGGUUCUUUGAUACCUCUCCUUGCUAACCAUUUUCUUGUCCAAUUUGAUUCCUCUCAAAAGAUUUUCCAUUAUGAUGUCGAGAUCUCUCCACAUCCUUCCAAGGAAAUCGCAAGAAUGAUCAAGCAGAAACUUGUACAGGACCACUCAGCCGCAUUCUCCAAUGUUCAAACAGCCUUUGAUGGCAGGAAGAACAUCUAUAGCCCUGUGGAAUUCCAAAACGACAAGCUUGAAUUCUACAUUAGCCUCCCAAUUCCCAUGGCGAAAUCCAUUUGGCCAUCAAAUGAAAUCAGUAAUACAACAGAGAAACACCAUGAACUUAAACUUUUCCGAGUAAACAUCAGGCUUGUUUCAAAGUUUGAUGGGAAGGAAUUGAGCUGCUACCUGAGCAAGGAGGGUGAGGAUUGGGCUCCUCUUCCUCAGGAAUAUCUCCAUGCAUUGGAUAUUGUCCUCCGGCAGGGCCCAAUUGAGAAAUGCAUACCACUUGGUAGGUCACUGUAUUCAAGUUCAAUGGGUGGAACUAAAGAUAUUGGAGGGGGAGCAGUUGGGUUAAGAGGGUUCUUCCAGAGCCUACGACCAACUCAACAGGGUCUGGCCCUCAAUGUGGAUUUCUCUGUGACAGCUUUUCACGAGAGUAUUGGCAUAAUUCAGUAUUUGCAGAAGCGGCUUGAGUCCCUAAAAGAUCUUUCUCAGAGGAAAACUAGGGGUUUAGUUGGGGAAGAGAAAAAAGAAGUGGAGAAGGCCUUGAAGAAUAUUAGAGUAUUUGUAUGCCAUAGAGAAACUGAUCAGAGGUACAGAGUGCAUAGCUUAACCAACGAAGCAACUGAGAAUCUCUGGUUUAAGGACAGGGAUGGGAAAGAUCUGAGAUUGGUUGAUUACUUCAAGGAUUACUACAACUUUGAUAUACAGUUCAGGAACUUGCCAUGCUUGCAGAUUAGCAAGAGCAAACCAUGUUAUCUCCCUAUGGAGCUAUGUGUGGUGUGUGAAGGCCAGAAAUAUCUUGGGAAGCUUUCUGAUGAUCAGACAGCAAAAAUCCUUAAGAUGGGAUGCCAGAGACCAAGGGAACGAAAAGCCAUUAUUGACCGGGUCAUGGGAGGGACAUUUGGACCAACAAGCAGUGAGCAUGGAAGAGAAUUCAAGCUCCAUGUUUCAAGAGAAAUGACCAGAUUGAAUGGCAGAGUACUUCAACCACCCAAGCUGAAGCUUGGGGACAAUGGCCAUAUAACUAAUCUAGUUCCUUCCCGCCAUGACAGGCAAUGGAACCUUCUUGAUAGCCAUGUCUUUGAAGGUACUAGAAUAGAAAGGUGGGUAUUAAUAAGUUUCGGUGGCACUCCUGAUCAGAGGUCUAAUAUUCCAAGAUUCAUGGACCAACUAUCUCAGAGGUGUGAGCAAUUGGGUAUCUAUCUUAAUAAGAAUACUCUUAUUAGGCCCCAGUUUGAACCAAUCCAAGUUCUCAACAAUGUCACUUUGUUGGAAUCCAAGCUCAAAAAGAUUCACAGAGCUUCAUCAAGGAACCUCCAAUUGCUAAUAUGUGUAAUGGAGAGAAAGCACAAAGGGUAUGCAGAUUUGAAACGAAUUGCUGAGACUGGUGUUGGGGUUGUGACUCAAUGUUGCCUAUACCCCAAUCUUGCCAAGCUGGGCUCUCAGUUUCUAGCAAACUUAGCUCUCAAAAUCAAUGCCAAGGUUGGGGGCUGUACAGUGGCUUUAUACAAUUCAUUACCUUCUCAAGUACCAAGGUUGUUUGAGCUUGAUGAUCCUGCAAUCUUCAUGGGUGCUGAUGUUACCCACCCACACCCACUUGAUGAUUCCAGUCCCUCCAUUGCAGCAGUUGUGGGCAGCAUGAAUUGGCCUGCCGCAAACAAGUACAUAUCAAGGAUGAGAUCACAAACCCAUAGACAAGAAAUCAUCCAGGACCUUGGUGAGAUGGUGGCAGAAUUACUGGAAGAUUUCUACCAGGAAGUGAACAAGCUACCCAAGAGAAUUAUCUUCUUCAGAGAUGGGGUGAGUGAGACCCAAUUCUACAAGGUUCUUCAAGAGGAAUUACGGGCCAUAAGAGUGGCCUGUUCUAGGUUCCCUACUUACAAGCCUGCUAUUACUUUCAUGGUAGUUCAGAAGAGGCACCACACAAGGCUAUUCUCAUACAAAAGUGAUCCAUCUUUAGCCGGAGGCGACGGCUUGGACGAGAACAUAUCACCAGGGACUGUUGUGGAUACGGUAAUUACGCACCCAAGGGAGUUUGAUUUCUACCUUUGUAGCCAUUGGGGGGUGAAAGGUACAAGCAGGCCAACCCAUUACCAUGUCUUAUGGGAUGAGAGUAGGUUCACCUCUGAUGAACUACAAAAGCUAGUACAUAAUCUCUGCUAUACUUUCGUAAGGUGCACCAAGCCAGUUUCUUUGGUCCCUCCAGCUUAUUAUGCCCACCUAGCUGCAUACAGAGGUAGGCUUUAUCUUGAGAGGUCAGACUCACCAUCAAUUGUUAAAAACACUGCUGCUACACUCUCCAGAUCUGGCCCUCCCAAGGCAACACCAUUGCCAAAACUAAAUGAUAACGUUAGAAAGCUCAUGUUCUAUUGCUGAUCAUAUAUAAUACUUCUUGAGAGAUCUCAUCUUCCUGAAAGAGGUUCAUUGUUUUCAGUAGAAA